CCGCCGGCCCUCCCGUCAGUCAGUCAGGCUGGGAGUCGGUCUGAGCGGCCGUCGCCUCCCCGGCCGUCUUGAGCGGCACCCUCCGUGCUCCUUUGCGGUCAGCGGCGGCGGCUGCACGGGCAGCGUCGCGGUCCCUCCGGAGGCGCGGCGUGGGCCGAGCGGCAGCCGCAGAGCGUCGAACCCAGCGCGGCGGCGGCGGCGGCGGCGGCGGCGGCCCGGCAGCCAACAUGGCGGCGGCAGCGGCAGCGGGCGCGGGCCCCGAGAUGGUCCGCGGGCAGGUGUUCGACGUGGGGCCGCGCUACACCAACCUCUCGUACAUCGGCGAGGGCGCCUACGGCAUGGUGUGUUCUGCAUAUGAUAACGUCAACAAAGUUCGAGUAGCUAUCAAGAAAAUCAGUCCUUUUGAACACCAGACCUACUGCCAGAGAACCCUGAGGGAGAUAAAAAUCUUACUGCGUUUCAGACAUGAGAACAUCAUUGGAAUUAACGAUAUUAUUCGAGCACCAACCAUUGAGCAAAUGAAAGAUGUCUAUAUAGUACAGGACCUCAUGGAAACAGAUCUCUACAAGCUCUUGAAGACGCAGCACCUCAGCAAUGACCACAUCUGCUAUUUUCUUUACCAGAUCCUCAGAGGGUUAAAAUAUAUCCAUUCAGCUAACGUACUACACCGUGACCUCAAACCUUCUAACCUGCUGCUCAACACCACCUGCGAUCUCAAGAUCUGUGACUUUGGCUUGGCCCGUGUUGCCGAUCCGGACCAUGAUCAUACAGGGUUCCUGACAGAGUACGUAGCCACACGUUGGUACAGGGCUCCAGAAAUUAUGUUGAAUUCCAAGGGCUAUACCAAGUCCAUUGAUAUUUGGUCCGUAGGCUGCAUUCUGGCAGAGAUGCUCUCCAAUAGGCCCAUCUUCCCGGGGAAGCAUUAUCUUGACCAGCUGAACCACAUUCUGGGUAUACUUGGAUCCCCAUCACAGGAAGACCUGAACUGUAUAAUAAAUUUAAAAGCUAGAAACUAUUUGCUUUCUCUUCCACACAAAAAUAAGGUGCCAUGGAACAGGCUGUUCCCAAAUGCUGACUCCAAAGCUCUGGAUUUACUGGACAAAAUGUUGACAUUCAACCCUCACAAGAGGAUUGAGGUAGAACAGGCUCUGGCCCACCCAUAUCUGGAGCAGUAUUAUGACCCAAGUGAUGAGCCCAUCGCUGAAGCACCAUUCAAGUUCGACAUGGAAUUGGAUGACUUGCCCAAGGAAAAGCUCAAAGAACUCAUAUUUGAAGAGACUGCUAGAUUCCAGCCAGGAUACAGAUCUUAAAUUCGUCAGGACAAGGGCUCAGAGGACUGGACGUGCUCAGACUUCGAUGUUCUCCCCAGUUCUUGACCCUGGUCCUGUCUCCAGCCCGUCUUGGCUUAUCCACCUUGACUCCUGUGAGCCAUUUGCAGGGGCGGUUUCUGGUAGUUGUGGCUUCUAUGCUUUCAAAGAAUUCCUCCAGUCCAGAGAACUGUUCCUGGCACCCCCGUGUGUCACCCACUGGUGACCUGUGGCAGUAUGUACUCCCAGAGCACCUGCUGCUUACUGUUGCUUUAGUCACUAACCGCUUUCUGGUUUGAAAGAUGCAGUGGUUCCUCCCUCCUGAACCCUUUCCCAUGUGACGCCCACUGACCCAUGCAGUCACCAGGGAGAGUUCUUUCCAAGUUCUCUCGUCACUGGCAUGUCACUUUAUGAUAGGGAAGGCUGCUACCUAGGGCACUUUAAGUCAGUGACAGCCCCUACUUGCACUUCGCCCUUUCACCAUAACUGGUUGCCCAGAGCGGGCCUUGUGGACACACCUGGGAUGGCGUUGCAGCCUUCUGCAAGUGCUCCAGUCUGGGGAAUCUUCGGAGCACUUGUCAGCCUCCUUUGUCAAGUCACAUUAGUCACUAACAUUUAAGGUAUGUGCUCUGCCCAGCUUUUUAAAAAGUCAGCCAUUUUUCUAAAUAAAAGGAAGAAAUACUGCAAUUACCAUCUGUAGAUUUACUAUGGUUACUUGUACCAUUUAUGGAGGUGUAACACAUUUGUCAAAAUGUGUUACAUGCAGUACUGAGUAUUUGCAAGAUUCAGUAAAAAGAUUUAAAAUGGCAGCUUCACUCAGGAUUUAGUGAGAGAAGUACAAAGGUCACAGCAGGCUGCCCGAUGUCACAGCAGAGCCCUGUGCACGGGUACAUGUGUGUACCCCAAGCCUCUUCAUGUGGUGGGCACAUUCAAUGCCUGCAGACUUAGAGAGGAACCCUGCGUCUUUAAAUGAGAAAGUGUACAAUUCUUUUCCCUCCUACAGCAUGUCAGCAUCUCAAGUUCAUUUUCCACCUACGAUAUAACAGUUUGUAAUAAAGCCUUCAUGAGCUCAUGACAUGAGGCACUGUUCUGUCGUCAAGCGCUCCACAAUGCUUGAUACUGCUGAGCUGAGACCAUCAGAAAAGCUAGCACUGAGUCAUGUUCAGAGCUCUAUCCCCUCUCUCCUUGAUCUCUUAAAGUAUCUGUUCCCGCCGCUGUGCACUGUGGCAUUGACUUGGUGUUCUGUCCCAGUGCAGUGCCUCCUCUUGACCCCCCCACUGCUCUGUGUGGUGAGAAACUUGCCUUGUUCAGUAAUUACUGUACCCUCGCAUGACUGUUACAGCUUUCUGUGCGGAGAUGACUGUCCAAGUGCCACAUGCCUAUGACUGAAACUAAAAAUCUAUUGUUACCUCUGAGUUGUGUUCCACGGAAAAUGCUAUCCAGCAGAUCACUUAGGAAAAAUAAUUCUAUUUUUAGCUUUUCAUUUCUCAGCUGUCCUUUUUUUUUCAUGUUUGAUUUUUGACAGCAAUGGAGAAUGGGUUAUCUAAAGAUUGCCUGCUAAUAUGAACAGAAAUGCACUUGUAAUUCAUGGAAAUAAAUGUACAUCUUCUAUCUUCAUACUCAUGCUAAGAUUUGGUGGUGAUUUCCUUUGGAUCAGCUUGUCCAAAUGGACGGUCAGGUUCGGUUUGUGUUUAGCAGGGAGAUGCCCACAGGCCUCCCCUUCCCAGCUGGGCACUGCCCCUGUGCUGCCAGUUUACCUAAGAUGGUUUAGAAAGCAUUUCAGUGGGGUCCUUUUUCCCCUCUGCAUAGCAGAGAAUCAAUUUGGACACACACAUUCCUUUAUUCAAAUCAAGAGGUCUAAAAUAGUAUGUCAAACUCUGAAGAAGCCCACAUGUCUCAGGUUGAAUUCUCUGGUUCUUUAUAAAGAGGGCCUGCCUGUGAGCCCCAGAGCUGCUUCUGGGCACACUGGAAAGCCGGGAGGGGCCGCCCAGCAUCACUUCACCCCCACGCCCCUUCCAGGGUCCCUGUGCCCACACUGCAUGGGCUGAAGAAGGAGGGCUGACUCCUCAGAAGUCAGGGCCACCUGUAGAUCCUUCCCUACAGCCCAUGAUUUUCACCUCCAUGCACAGAGCUGCCAUAUGAAGGUCCACACAGCAUGGACAUGAUACAGAGAUUUGACUGUCACUUGUUACAUUGAUAAGUUUCAGUUUUACUCUGUUGAAGUGGAAUAUUAGUAUUAUUGUUAGUCCUCUAGAUAGAAAGCCAUAGCCUUGGUUACUAAUAUCUGGGGACUAUGGGCUUUUCCCAUCCCUUUUGCUGGUAUCGUGGUCAGAUUGGCAUGUAACCACUAACCUCAUUCUAGACUCACCAGAGCCAUGAAGUUGUGUGCUGUUUAUUAAUCACACCAAGGCUCAGUUCAGCAGGUUAGAGGAUUGUCAUACCCAAGGUACCGGCUAUUAUUUGUGAUGGACUCAUCAUUUGGACCUUCUUUCAUCUCUAAAAAUGUACGAUUAGGUCAUGUAAAUUCAUUCUGAUGGUACCAAAUGCCUACACUAUUAGUAUGCUCGGAUAAGUUUUCAGACUAAUGGCUUUUUUGGGUGUCUAAAAUGUAAGCAAAAAAUUCCUGUUGGAACAUUCCAAUCCUUUGGUUUAGUAUAAAACAAAAUACCUAACAAGACAGUGGAAUGGAUUUGAGGGAACUCAUGGCAACUGUGCUGACACAAGUCUUCAAAGCUGAUAGAGGCACACAGACCAUUUUGCUGCGUAGGCAAAAGAAUGUGAUUGUGUUUGUGAGCAGUACACAGUGUGUGGUGUGUUCACAGAAAUUCCUCCUGCUGCAGGCCUCGGUGCUGCGUGCGGAGGGACCUGUCAGCUUUCAGGAGCCACAGAGACGCCUAGGUGGAUGUCUCUGAGGUGUCACACAGGCGUAUUCCCCACACCAUGUGCCAAGUCAUAUUCAGGCCGUCCAGAGUAGACUGUUCUACCUUUAUUUGCUUAUAUGUUAAUAUGGUUUUUAAACUGGUAACUUUUAUAUAGAGUGGUAACAGUAUGUUAAUACACACAUACGUAUGCUCACAUGCUUUGGGUCCUUCUGUAAUACUUUUAUAUUUGUAAAUCAAUGUUUUGGAGCAAUCCCAAGUUUAAGGGAAAUAUUUUUGUAAAUGUAGUGGCUUUGAAGAGCUGAGCAAUCCUUUUGCUUACACAUUUUUAAAGCAUUUGUGCUUUAAAAUUGUUCUGCUGGGGUUUGAAAUACGAUACUCCUAUAGUGCAGAUGAGAAGCAUGUAACAGUAGAGUAAAUGUGUGAUUUCUCUCACUGUAAUCCCACCCCGCACAGUGGAUCAAAACGCCUGGGACUCCAGAGGGACUCGUCCGCGGUUGCGCGGUCCCGUCUUUGUGCUGUGUACCCACAGAGGGCGCUCGAGAGAGCGAUGGAACCGCUUUGUGUCUGCUUUGUACUCUUGGUGCCUUCUUGGUAUUGUGCCCCAAAACUCUCGGCAUAGAUUAUUUAGUAUGAUGGUAGGUUUAAAAAAAAUGUCAAAGGAGGAUUUUAUUAAGAAUCUGAAUGUUUUAUUCAUUAUAUUGUUACAGUUUAACAUUUAUUUGUGAUAUUUGUGAUUUGGUUAAUCUGUAUAAAAACUGUAAGUAGAAAGGUUUAUAUUUCAUCUUAAUUCUUUGGAUGUUGUAAACGUACUUUUUAAAAGAUGGAUUAUUUGAAUGUUUAUGGCACCUGACUUGUAAAAAAAGAAAACUACAAAAAAUAUUAGAAUCAUUAAAUUGUGUCCCUUUGUUACCAAAAUAGCAUAGUACUGUGCAUGUAUGACUUAACUGGAAUUCCGUAUGUGAAAAUAUGAAAUUGCCUAGUCCUUCAUUACAGUGUUUCCCAAAUAA